CGGAUAUACGUACGCGGAACCUCAGUUGUAAACAAAAACGGACAAUCACAACUUUCCUAUUCUGAGCUAGAACAUAAUAAAAACAAAAACUGGUUAUCUCGUCAAUCAGAGUUUUUUUAAAGAAAGUUACAGACGUGUGGUAGUCUUUCAUGAAGCGCCUGCUCGCUGCCACAGGGAGACGCACUGUGGUGUUGUAGGCCUGCAGACACGAGUGCAGUCAACAUGUCGAGGAAACAGACGCACAAAUCUUUGCGGAGCAAUAAAAAGAGUGAAUUGGAGCGCAAGAGGGAUGAAAGGGCAGUGCGCCGGGCCAUCGCAAAAGACCGCAAGAACCGCCCUCAGGAUGGCGAUGAAGGUGCAGAGUUUGUCAGUUUCUCCAAUCAGCUGCAAGCACUGGGGCUCAAGCUGAGAGAAGUCCCUGGAGAUGGGAAUUGUCUGUUCAGAGCUCUAGGCGACCAGUUAGAGGGUCACUCCCGGGGCCACCUGCGUCUUCGCCAGGAAACUGUUGAUUAUAUGACAUCCCAUCGACAAGACUUUGAGCCCUUUGUUGAGGAUGACGUUCCCUUUGCACAGCACUUGGCCAAUCUUUCUCAGCCUGGUACUUUUGCUGGAAACGAUGCCAUUGUGGCGUUUGCUCGCAGUCAACAGGUGAAAGUGGUUAUCCAUCAGCUCAACACUCCACUGUGGGAGAUCAACGGUUCAGAGAAGCAGGUGUGCCGAGAGCUGCACAUUGCCUACCGCUAUGGAGACCAUUAUGACAGCGUGAGACGGAUAGGAGACAACUCUGAGAGUCCUGCUCAGCUCCGCAUAGAGAAUAUGCAGAAUUCACAUGGACAGCAGCGUGAGUUUGGGGACGGUCAGAGAGACAGGCACAAAAAGUCUUCUCCUUCAGCGUCAGAGGAGGACAACGUGAUCCUGAGCUCCAUCAAGAAUCGAGGGAUCCAGGGUGAUGAGGAAAACUUACUCCAACUGAGUGCAGCGACAAUCAACGCCGAGUGGCUUGUUGGCUCUGCGGUGGGCCAGUCCUGCCAGGGCCAGUGUGCCUCUGGAUCCUGUUCAGCCUGCAGAGCUGCAGCCGCUCACUGCAGUGAUCCCAUCCAGACAGCAGAGGGCAGCAACGUUCAAAAAUCCAAGGUCUCCAACAAGCAGAGGAAAGAUCAGCAGCGGCUCGAGAAAAAGAAGCGUCAGGAGGAGCGGCAUCGACAGAAGUUCCUCCAGAGUAAAGGAAGCCAGGACCAGAACCAAAACCUGCCAGACGCUGUUACUUUAGUACCAGCUCUGAACACUCUCAGCAUAUAGACUGGAGCAUGGCCAAAAAUACCUUCUGCUACUCUUGCUACCGGUGGCUGUCCACAAAGUUUUGCACAUAGUCAAAAUUUCAGUCACAUUGGAUAACUUUUCCUAAGGAGAACCCUCUAGCAUCUUUGCAAAGAGUUUAACGGUGCCUGCAAACUGGUGUGUGUGUGUGUGAGAGAUGGGCGAAUGUUGUAAGAGACAAGCGAAAACGCAUGAGUAUCAGUAUUUCUGUUGGGAUUUUUCUUUAGUUCCAUCCAUUCCAGGUGUUGGUGUAUGUAGAAGCUGCUCAUAUGUGGUUUAAGCACUACGUUAUCUAGCUCCUUUCUAUGCUGGACAUCGGGCUUUUCAUGACUACAGACAAUCUUGCACAGCCAGGCUUUUUGAUUUGCCACAGACUUGAAUUUAUUCUGAUGUUCGUUCUGUCUGUGAUCGAAGAAUAAAUUCAGUAUUGGGGGGGUGGGGCAGACGAAAGGAUUGUUAUACACAGUGUGUGUGUGAGGAACGUGGCAAUAAAUAAUAAUAAAUCAGAUUUACCUUUUUUUUAUUCCUUUGUGAACCCAGUAGUACGCUAUGUACUAUCCAGGGUGACGAGCUGUUUAAAUUAAAGGUUUAUGAGUCAAA